AUGGGGCUUUUCUCCGAGAUUUUGGCGGAAAGAUCGCUAAACUGUGCGUCGUUUAUACAAAGAGAUCUUCAGGUAGGACUUGAAAGCUAAUUCGGAGGAAUUACCAAAUAAUUUCUCCGAAAAUUUCUCGAAAAUUCGAUAAAAUUUAGGACGAAAUGUCAAUAUUGACAGAACAAAAACAAAAUUAUUCGAAAUUACCAAACAAAAUGGAUUUUUUGAGUGGUAAAAAAGUUUGAUCAAUGUUGGCAAAUUUACUAGCUUACAAUGCGAUGCAAUACAAUUUUUAUUGCAUUUCUGCGGGAGACCAGGUAAAUUAUGGUGAAAGCCGUAUAAAAUUGCGCAAUUCGAGGGCAAAGACUGUUUCAAAUUGUCCGUCAUAGCUUAUUACAGCCUUCAAAAAAGAUUUUUUCGAAAGAUCCCAGCAUAAUCAGACCAAAAUUUAUAUUAUACUAGGCAUUAGGUCAAAAGUUUCAACAAAAGCCUCCAAAACUCGUAUUUUUUCAAUUCUAAUCUUUUCUAUUUCCAGCACCAGUUAGCGGCGUUAAAUUCGACGCCAUCUAGCACAUCCCCGACGUUCGGGCAUGAUCUUCUGAAUGGCUCCGGCUCUUCUUCCUCCUCCGUUCACACAAAUGGCUCGGCCAACGGGGCCCUGUCCGCAGUCAACAAGCCCACACCCGAUGUCGAUUAUUUAACGCAGCUGCUGAAGGAUAAGAAGCAGCUAGCCGCCUUUCCGAACGUCUUUCAGCACAUGGAACGACUUCUGGACGAUGGUAAAAUUUUUGAAAUUUUUUUUAUUUUUCUAAAUUUUUUGAAGAGAUCUAUGAAAAAAAAUAUUUGAAAUUGUCCAUAAAACCGUGUUUUACAAUGUCGAUUUUUUAAAUCACCUUUUUACCGCUAUUUUGAGAUAAAAUUUUCAAUAUUUAGUCAAAGGUGUCUAGUGUAAUAUAAAAAAUUUUGAAAAUCUCAAAACUCGCUGUCCUAUUACAAACAGUAUUUCUUUCAGAGAUAAACCGAGUCCGUGUGGCCCUCUUCCAAUGCGGAUUUACCCGUGAACCUCUGUGUUUGCCCGAGCCCGAAGGCGAAGUUACAGUGCGACAUGAAAAAGUUUUCGUCCCGGUCAGCAAAUACCCCGAAUACAAUUUCGUUGGCAGAAUUUUGGGCCCUCGAGGAAUGACUGCGAAACAAUUGGAGACAGAGACUGGCUGCAGAAUAAUGGUCCGAGGCAAAGGCUCCAUGAGGGAUAAGAAAAAGGAGGAACAGAAUAAAGGUAAGCAGGAGUUUUUGAAAAAAGUUUUUUGCUCGAUUUUCACCAAAUUUUAUGUGGAUACUAUAAAUAGUCUGUUCGUAAAGUCGCUGGAGAAAUUUUUAGCAUAUGCACUGUGCAGAAAAAGUCAGGACGACAUCCAAAAAAGCCUAUUGCACGGUGCAAAACACCGAAAAUUGCACAGUGCAAAGUGACUUUUUGUUUUCGCACAGUGCGUGUCGCAGAAAUCACUCGAGCGACUUUACGGACUGGUAAAUAGGUCGUACAUCAAUCGCUGAAAAUUUUAACUCGCAGUUUUAGCGGCGGAGAUGAGAAAUUGAACUUUAUUUUUGCGAGAGAGCACGGGAAAUGAGGAGAGACGAAACAAAAAUUAUUUUUCGGCUGUUCCUUCGCGGUUUUCUAUGGUAAAAAGUUGUUUUUUUUUAUUUUUUUAUUAGAAUUUACGCUGAAAUUUCUGAAAUUUUUGUGCUGCUGAUCUAAAGACUUCGACUAAUUCAAAAAAAAAAUUUUUUGCACACUUUUCGGGAAAGUUAUUUUUCUGAAAUUAACUCCGGCUCACGUAUUUUACAAAACUGCUACUUCUAACAAGGAAAGUACUUCUAUGGGGUGUGGAGUUACAGGUCGAGAUAUAUAUCAAAAAAUUCGCAAAAAUUUUCUGAUUCAGAAUAUAUAAAAAUUAGCUGCCUAAUUUUGGUCUGAUGACAUGUUUUUGUCCUCAGAAGUUUUCUCGCGACACCAUGCAAGUGUCUUUUUGACCGUGUUUUUACCAAUAAAAAAAUUUUUUUUUUUGUGCUAAAAUAAAUUCUGAGGCCUUGACGAGCCUUAAAAUAUCAAAUUGGAUUACAACUACACCAUAAUAGUAGUUCCAAUGUAAAAAAAGGGGCUCUGUGGCAAAAGGAUUCGAACCCACGGGGCAGCCUUUCCCGUUGGAUUCUCAGUCUACCGCUCUAACCACUCGGCCACACCGCUCUCUUCCGAAGGAAGAGACCGAGCGCGCUUUUGUUGCCGGAGUUUUUUUCCUCGAGAAAUACAUUUAUUGAUAAAACUCGUUGAUAGACCAAAAUUAGGCAGCUAAUUUUUAUAUAUUCUGAAUCAGAAAAUUUUUGCGAUUUUUUUGAUAUAUAUCUCGACCUGUAACUCCACACCCCAUAGAAGUACUUUCCUUGUAAAAUUUUUCCAAAUCGUUUUUUUACAAUUUUAGGCAAGCCAAAUUGGGAGCACCUGAACGAAGAGCUCCAUGUUCUAAUCCAAUGCGAAGACACCCCCAAUCGAAUCGCCGCCAAAAUGGCCAGGGCCAAAGAAGAGGUCAACAAAUUGUUGGUUCCUUCGCCGGAAGGCGAGGACGAGUUGAAGAAGAAGCAGCUUAUGGAAUUGGCCAUCUUGAAUGGAACUUUCCGAAAUGGAAAUCAAAACAAUCUCCAGUUGGCGACGGCGUUGGCCGCUGCAGCUAAUUGUAAGUUGAUUUUUGCGUAUGAAUUUUUAUUGGAUUCGAUAUGAAAUCUGAAUUUUACAGAUUUUUCGUCGAUUUCAAAAAUCAAUAAUUUUUGUGACAUUUCGUUCAAUUGUCGAUAGAUCGACAGAAAUUGGAACUUUAACCUUAAAAGCAAGUGUAUUAUUGUCAAGGAUGAUUUUUUUUAAUUUUGAAGGUUUCCAGUGUGUUGACGAAAUGUCACAAUUGAUUUUUUUGGAAAAACCAAUUUCUGCGACUACUUUUCCGUAUUUUAAAACCAAAAACUUAAUUUUUAGCAACCUCCGCAGCCAGCGUUCUCCGCGGUUCACCGGCGCUCGCCGGCGCGCCAUUGAUUAUGCAACAAGCCACUCAACAACGAAAUACUCUCGCCGCCAACAACAACCUCUUGGCUCAACUCCAAAUGCAGGCCCUCGGCGGCCAAGCCCUUCUCCAACAGCCCACGGCCACCGCCGCGCAGGAUUAUCAACAGCUUUUGAUGGGGCAAUACGAUCAGUUCGCUCUGCUGCAACAACAACAGCAGUUGGCGGCGAUGCUGAAUCCGGCAGCUGUCGCGAGUCUCGGCGACUACAAGUACGACGUCAGCCAGCACGGUCAGUUGUUUUUGGGGGUUUAAGAGAGAGUUUUAGAAGAAGGUUUUGUCUUUUGGACGAAAUGUCAAUAUUGAUUUUUUUAUUGUCUUGUAUAUAUUUCUUUACUGAAGAGUUUUUGCAGCAAAAGUGAAGGUAAAAUACGAUGACUGAAGUUCUGAAUUCUGCUUUGAUUCAUUUUUGCGUUAUAAAAAAAUGUUGCGAAAUGUCAAUAUCGAUUUUUUUGGCAAUUUCAUUUUUUGAGAGUUGUUAUGAAGUUUGGCUUUAGAAAAUAACAUCGUACGACUUUACUUUCGUUGUGGGCACUCUUUCCCACUCUCUUACCCAUGAAAUUAAUGUACAGUCUGAUCUCGGGUACUCCAACAAACUUUCAAAUUUUUAUUGUAAAUAUGGGGCUACGGUAGGAUUCUAAAACCUGGAAUUCUUUGCUCAAGUCGUGUUUUACCAGGAAUUUUACGAAUCCAAAUUUUUUAGCGUUUUUUACGACGUUUGACACUUCGUAUAAAAAAUCGAUAUUUUUUGUGACACUUCGUCAAAUUCUUGGGAAAUGACAAAAAUCGAGUGCAUAUCACUUUUAUUAGACGCCAUAAUUUAUUGCUCAAUGUUUGAAAUGAUAAGCGCAUAUUUAUUCGACAAAAAUAAAUUAUUUUCGAUAUGACUUCAGGCGAGUUUUGGAGAAACGCUAACACCAAAUUUUUAACUUUCCAGCUUCCUAAUCCCCAACCCUUUUCUCAUUCCACGUAACGUUGGUGGCGCAGUUUCCCUUAAAUUACAUCCUAAUCUGUUCAUUGUAACCCAAAAUCCCCGUUUAGUGGUAGACUAAUCGCGAUAGACAAUAUGGGGCUAUGCUUUUAUUAAUGUCACUUUGCCUGUCUUACCAUUUUUACAUUUUUCGGAGUACAGUAGUCUGGAUACUGUAAUAUUUCUUUUAUUUUUUGAACCAUGCCAAAAAUAUUCGUUUUGGGGUUUGCACAGUGCAGUCAAAAUUUUUGUUUGAAACUGCACGGUGCAAUGGACAUGCGACGAAAGUUUUGCACUGUGCAAGCUAUUUUGUCGCCAAAAUUUCAGACCGUGCAAAAAAAAAUUCGUUUUGAACUUUGCACAGUGCAGUAACGAAAAAAGAAAAUUUCUGCACUGUGCAGUCCGAAAUAAGUUGUUUGCACUGUGCAGACUUUAAAAAAUAAAAAAUUGCACAGUGCAACCGGACAAAAAUUAAUUUUUGAUAGGGAUUACUGUACUUUCCGGAUUAUUGUAUUGGUAGUAGUAAAGCCUGUUGUCUGCACCUUGCAUACGGCUCUAUGCCUCUAAUUCUUACCGUAUUUAUUAAUAUUUUUGUUUGUUACAGUAAACCAAAAAUUUUUCGGGGUGAAUUUUAAGGUAAGAUACGAUUAGUUUAAUCCAUUUUCUAGGUGUAAUUUUAGCUUUUUUUGAAUCUAAAGCGUAAAAUGCGAAAUUAAAAAUUCAGAUACUGUAACAAACCAACCAAUUUUUAUCAAAUUCCGAUUUUUUCCGAUGGUCGUUGGGACUAACGAGGCUAAUACUUCUUCUUGGACAGUACUAGCACCGCCAUGUAACCACAAUUAACCCCCCAUAACACGCUGAAAAUUUCAGGUGCUAUUCUGAACUCGGGCGCGCAACAACGCCGCUUCCUGGGCCAGACGCGCGCCGAUCCCUACGACACCACUCCGAAGUGA